CUUUUAUUUAAAUGCAAUAAUCGGAUACAAAGUUUGACGAAAAUUUAUACUCAAGACAAGUGGCGGUAUUGGGAGCUGAAACUUAAUCAAAAUUGAUCUAAAUGAGAUGUUUCAUUUAUGGUUUGAGAGGGUUGGGAUUGGAGAUUGCAAAGAAUUUGAUAUUGGCUGGACCAAAGUCUGUAACGUUAUACGAUCCAACAGUGUUGUCCAUUUCAGAUUUGGGCUCAAAUUUUUAUGCUACACAUGACUAAGUUGGAAAGGUCACAAGAUAGGAUGCAGCAAUCAAAUCUUUGAAAGAAUUAAACCCAUACGUGAGUGUAGAAAUAUACAAUGGAUAAUUCAAUGGGGCCAGUUUGAGUGAAUUUUCAGUUGUGGUUCUGACUGAUGUUUGGGAUUAGAAAUUCAUCACAGAAGUAAAUGAGGCAGUCAGACAAAAAGGACACGGAUUCAUCUUGGCCCAUUCCUCAGGAUUGUUUGGAUCUGCUUUCGUUGAUUUCUCAGAUAAAUUUUAAAUUUUUGAUCCCAAUGGUGAAGAACCAAGAUAGGCAAUUGUGGCUGGAAUAACAAAUGAAGUGGAUGGAAUAGUGAGUACAAUUGAAGAUAAGAGACAUGGAUUUCAGGAUGGAGACAGUGUCACAUUCAGAGAAGUGGUUGGAAUGAGUGAGGUGAAUGAGAAGAUAUUUAAGAUAAAGGUGAAAUCACCAUAUAUGUUCAGUAUUGGAGACACAACAAAGUUCUCAUAAUAUUUGAGAGAAGGAAUUGCAGUGCAAGUGAAGGUUCCUGAAGAUUUCGAAUUCAAGUCAUUCAAUGCUUCAUUGACUCACCCAUUCGCACCAGGCAAGAAUGAAUUGGAUUUGAUGGAUUGGGAAAAGAUUGGAAGACCAGAACAAUUACAUAUUUCAUACAAUGCAUUAUUACAAUUCACACAAAAGAAUGGCAGAUUGCCAGGAUUAUUGAACCAAGAGGAUGCCUAGUAAGUGUGGGAAUUAGCAUAAUAAAUAAAUAACUCAGACAGAGGAGAAGGAGCAUUGAAAGCAGAAUUGGAUGAAAAAUUGGUAAAGAAUACAGCAUUGUUCUUCUCAGCCUAAAUAACUCCAUUGACUUCAUUUUGGGGUGGCAUUGUGGCUCAAGAAGUAGUCAAAUACACAGGUAAAUUCACCCCAAUCAGAUAAUGGUUGCACAGUGAAUUCUUUGAAGCCCUACCAGAGACAGAAGUUAACAGAACUUUGUAGAAUAGUCAAUAUGAUGAUUACAUUGCAAUCUUCGGAAGAGAAGCAUUAUAACAAUUAUAGAACUCAAAGAUAUUCAUGGUGGGAGCAGGUGCUUUAGGUUGUGAAUACAUCAAGAUGUUUGCACUUAUGGGAUGUGGAAGCAGUGGUUAAGGUUUGGUGACUGUUACUGAUGAUGACAACAUUGAGGUUUCCAAUUUGAAUAGACAAUUCUUAUUCAGAAAGAAUAAUGUUGGAUCCAACAAAGCAGCUACUGCAUGCAAAGUAGGUGAACAAAUGAAUAAGACUUCUAAAUUCAAAUCUUAUGCUCUAAGAGUAGGUAAAUAAAAUGAACCAAUCUUCAAUGAUCAAUUCUGGGAUGGAUUAGACAUGGCUAUCAAUGCUGUUGAUAAUGUUCAUGCUAGAAGAUAUAUUGAUUCCCAAUGUUGUUAUUAUGGUAAGCCAUUAUUCGAAAGUGGAACCCUUGGUACUAAAUGCAAUUCCUAAUUGAUCCUUCCAAAUCAAACACAAUCUUACAGUGAAUCAUAGGAUCCUCCUGAGGAAUCUAUUCCUUUAUGCACUUUGAAGAACUUCCCCUAUUAAAUCGAGCAUACUAUUUAAUGGGCCAGAGAUUACUUUGCAGGAUUCUUUGAAGAUGGAUCUCAAGAUUGUAUCAAAUAUCUUGAGAACCCAGGAAACUACAUCAAGAGAAUUUUGACUGAACUUAAAUCUCAACCAGGUGUGUUAAGACCAAAAUUAGAAUCAGUCAAGAAGUUUGCUGAAGUUGCUGCAAAACCUUCUUUACAUGCAAUCGUUUCUUUAGCUAAAAAUAUGUUCUAAGACAUCUUCUGCAAUUAAAUCAAACAAUUACUCUACUGUUUCCCCCCUGAUCACAGAACCUCAGAAGGAUAAUUGUUUUGGACCAAUCCCAAAAGACCACCCACUCCUAUUGAAUUCGAUCAAAACGACCCUCUUCAUCAACUUUUCAUCCAUAGUGCUGUCAACAUAUUCUCAUAAAUAUAUGGUCUACCCAAAUAAGACAAAUUCGAUGAGAUAGCCAAACUCUUACCAACAAUCCAAGUCGAGAAGUAUGUUCCAAAGUAAGUGCAAAUCAAGGAAAAUGAGAAAGACACAAAGGAAGAGAAAUCUGAGGAUGAUGAGACUUAAAUUUAACUCUUGGCUCAAGAAUUAGAAAAGUUGACUCUUGGAAAUAAGGAAGCCUCUAAGUAAUUGCAAGAAUGUGCUUUUGAAAAGGAUGAUCCAACUAAUUGGCAUAUUGAAUUCUUAUCAGCUGUUUCCAACCUCAGAGCUAGAAACUAUAAGAUCCCAGAAGUGCAACCAUUCCAAGUUAAGUUAAUUGCAGGCAAGAUCAUUCCUGCCUUAGCUACAACAACAGCUAUGAUCGUGGGAGCAGUGGGACUUGAAAUCUUCAAGUAUAUCCUUAAGAAGGAUGUUGCCAAAAUGAGAAAUGCCUUCAUCAAUUUGGCCUUACCUCUCUUCCUAUUCUCAGAGCCUUUGCCACCUGGAGAACAUCUUGACUAAGAAUACAACGUCCUCUUAUUGGGUCCAACCAAGGCAAUCCCAGCAAAAUGGACAGCUUGGGACAGAAUCAGUAUCACUUAAUAGAUGACUCUCGGAUAAUUCAUAGAGUACUUCAAUCAAAAGUAUGGUGUGAGAGUUUCCUCCAUAACCGUCGAUUAAUAUAUGGUCUAUAGCAACUACCCCUUGCCAUCACAAGAGACUUUGGAUAAGGAUUUGGGAAAGUUGUAUGCUGAAAGGACAAACCAACUUCUUCCUGCUCACAAGAUUUACCUAGAUUUAACCGUUGGUGGAGAGUUGGAUGUAAAUGGGGUUGAAGUUAAUGCCGAUGUUGCCCCUGUUAAAUAUCAAUAUAAAAAAUGAGUUAUUCAAUAAAUAAUAAAAUUAAUAUUUAACAGACAUUUA